UCCCCAUACAGAGAAAUGGUGUCUCUGAAUCUUAAAUCAAAAUUGAAACCCCUUUGGAAUUUGUGUAGAACCUUCUCUAACGCUCCUCUCCCCGUGUGUUCAAAGGAUAAGAGCAAGUUUAUCGUGCCGCAGUAUACAGCCCCGGGAAGGUUUAAUUGCUUGAUUAUUUCGAUCGAGGAUACGGCUCAUAAACUCGAAAGAGAUAUCAAUUAUCCAAAGCUUUUUCAUAACCCCGUUGCUGCUUGUAAGCGCAAGGGUUUGGUGUUGCUUGAUAUCUAUGGAUCAUACGAUAAAGAUACAGACACAGGAACGAGUCGAGUCGAGGCGAGGCUCUAUGGAACCCUACCACCAACGAACUCAAGAUCCUUCCUCCAUCUCCCGCAACUUUGGAUCCAAGGAUCACAUGAUGAAGAUACAGACACAAGAACGAGUCCAGAUGAAGCUUUAUGGAAUCCCACCACUAACGAACUCAAAAUCCUUCCUCCAUCUCCCGCAACCUUGAACCCAAGUACCCUAUUCGGCCACGGUCCGUAUCCGAGCUCACCAGUCAUGGUCUCAAUCGAAGAUUCUCGUUCCCACUCCAACCCCAACAUCGCCGGCGUCGCCCCCUACGCCCAAAAGCGGCCUUACUACUACUACUCUCCGCCGCCGUCCUCCGCCACAAUAAGCCGGUCGAUGGGCCGGUCCAUGCGGACAAUCCGGUCCAACCUCUUCAGCGCUCACCAAUCCGGCCCAAUCCUCGAGAGCUCGCCCAACGUCUCCGAGAACCUCACCGACUCGGUCAUCGACCUCCGACUCGAUGAGCUCGCCAGCAAAUCGUCUCGCAACUCGAAAAGCCCCUCGUCCUCCGAUCUCGAUGGUAUACUCGACAUCUCCACCGCCUUCAGCGACGUCUCCGCCUGCUCGAGCGACAUCUCCGGCGAGCUCCAGCGCCUAGCCAACCUCCCUGACCCCGGCCCGAACGAGGGCGCGAGCUCGGAUCCCGAGCCCGAACCUUGCUCCGGAUUCCUACAGAGGGAGACGUUCUCCACGGAGAUCAUCGAGAGCAUCUCGCCGGAGGACCUCCAGCCGACGGUACAGCUCUGCGUCGACGGCCUACAGUCGCCGUCGGUAGCCGUGAAAAGGUCCGCGGCAGCCAAGCUGCGCCUGCUGGCUAAAAACCGAGCCGACAACCGAGCCUUGAUUGGGGAAUCCGGCGCUGUCCCCACCCUUGUCUCGCUCCUCCGCUGCUCGGACCCGAUGACCCAGGAGCACACGGUCACCGCCCUCCUCAAUCUCUCCCUUCACGAGGGCAACAAGAGCGUGAUUAUAAACGCCGGCGGCAUCAAAUCCCUAAUCUAUGUCCUGAAAACCGGCACCGAGACCUCCAAGCAGAACGCGGCCUGUGCUUUGCUCAGCCUGGCCCUGGUGGAGGAGUACAAGCUCUCGAUUGGGGCCUCCGGGGCCAUACCUCCGCUCGUGGCCCUAUUGAUUAACGGGUCAAACAGAGGGAAAAAGGACGCACUCACCACCCUCUACAAGCUGUGCUCAGUCAAGCUGAACAAGGAGAGGGCGGUUAGUGCUGGUGCAGUUAGGCCGCUGGUGGGGCUGGUGGGGGAGCAGGGGACUGGGCUGGCGGAGAAGGCCAUGGUAGUUCUGAGUAGCCUGGCAGGGAUUGAGAUGGGGCAGGAGGCAUUGGUAGAGGAAGGGGGGAUUGCGGUCUUAGUGGAGGCAAUUGAGGACGGUAGUGAUAAAGGGAAGGAGUUUGCGGUUUUGACUCUGUUGCAGUUGUGUGCAGAGAGUGUGACAAACAGGGGAUUGCUCAUCAGGGAAGGUGGGAUUCCACCAUUGGUGGCUUUGUCUCAGACCGGAACGGCUAAAGCUAAGAUUAAGGCUGAAAGGCUUCUUGGGUACUUGAGAGAACCAAGACGGGAAGCUUCUUUGUUGAGCCCAUAAAGAAGGUAACUUGAGAUGGCUCACUAUUGUAUCAUGCUUUUGCAUUGGCUUGCUGCUGGCUGUGUAUAGAAAAUAUUUGGUAUUUGUACAGUGUGGCUGAUUAAAUCCAGCAUUAUAUUAGUCUU